AUGUCGAAGCCCGAGCCCUCUGUUCGUCCUCCUUCGACAUCGCAGCUGCCUGGUUCCAGACGUUCCCAGAAACCUAAGGGCCGCAUAUCUUCGCUCAAUGCUCCUCUCAAUGCAGUUGGUCCAACUUUUGGGAGAUCUGUGGCGCGUCGAGCGUCCAUCUCAGGCUUGUCAGCCCCUGGAGCACUUAAAUCACAGAGAACUUCAAAGACUUCACAAAAACUUGUCGUUCUUCCUUCUGCGCCUCAGACAAAACCUUUGCCUGGUGAAGACGACGAUGACCUGCUCGGCUACGAGACGGAUGCAGGAAUUCGUAUGCGGGAUCACAAAAGCGAAGCUGAAAGGAUGAGCAAAGAGCAAAGAAAACGAGCUGGAAUCAAGCGAAUAACUGCCUAUUGCAUUGCAGAAUCACUCAAGAUGAAACUUUUAGCUUCGUUUCUUAAGAGGGAACAUAAUGUUGGGCCCAGAGUAUUCGACGAGGCACUAUACGCUAUGUAUCAUCUUCCUCUCCUGCCAGGCUAUGGUCCAAAUUCCAAUAUUCGCUCUGCAGCUCCUGUGAAAACUGGUGACGGAAAGUCCAUUCUUGCUCGACUUUCGGAAGCGGAGGAAAUGGGCUAUCAAGGUUCCUACUUUCCGCAUGAGGCAGAAUCAUCACCGAACGAGGAUGGCUAUAUGACCUCAUCUUCACCCACCGAAACACGGCAAGCCCUGACCCAGCGUACUCCCACCUCUGCAGCAACGGAUAUCUCUGUAGAAUCCCCCUUCAACCCUACAUUAUAUAUAUCGUCGUCACCAGAAACUAUCCGGCAACAAAGAGAACCAUCAUCGUCCCGUAUUGAGCGGGAGCAGGAUCCUGUACAAGAAAACGCCGAAGUUGUUUUCUUUGAAUACGGUGUCGUCGUGUGCUUCGGGUUGACGGAAGGCGAGGAAAAGAGUAUUUUGGAGGAUAUUGAAAACGCUGGAAUCCUUCGGAGGAAGAUUAGCGAAGAACACUGGGAAAUAGAAGAGUGCCAUUUUGCGCAUGACCCCAACAUCGGGUACCCUCGUAUCUAUAAUGAUUUCUUUACCCUCAAAUCCCGAUCUCAUCUUCUCAAACUCUCUAUUGCGCAUGCCCUUGCCCAAUCAACCCUUCUCGCCCAUUUUGAGUCAAAUGCACAACGGGUACUCUCCUCUCCUCAGACCCUCGCCAUACCUCAACAACUGGCCGACAAGGGUGCUCUUCAGCUCAAACGCCGAGAAGCAUUAAAACUUACAGGUCGUUUGUUCACCCUUCGUCGUGAUGUCAAUCUUGUAUCAAAUGUCCUCGACGUCCCGGAAUUGUUCUGGAGUGAGGCGAGUUUGAAGGAGUUGUACGAUGCAGUGAGAGAGUAUAUGGAGAUCAGCGGGAGGGUGCAGGUAUUGAAUGAGAAAUUGGGUACGGCAAGCGAUUUUCUCGAGGCCAUCCAUGAUCAUCUCAAUAAUUCUGCUAUGGAACGUAUCACGUGGAUUGUCAUAUGGUUGAUUGUCGUUGCGAUAUUGGUGGAAUUGGGCGAGGUCAUCGCGCGUCUUGUUGUACAUGCAACCACUGUCGGAGGGAACAAGGGAUUUGCCGUGUCUGGUAUCCAUAGAAUAUCUAAAGAAGAUGCCUUGCGAGCUUUGGACAUGAUGGUACUUCGAUCUAAUUAACUAUGUUCCACAAUACGGUAUACAUAGAAGAUCUACUAGCUUUACAGUGAGAUACACAGGUACAUCGAAGUACAAAAUCAAACACAAACAUGAAAUGGAGUCCAGUCAAGUCCAGUACACCUGUCACAAAAGACCUUCAACCCUUCUGACAUGCUCUAACCAACAAUGGUAGUUGAGUUCCCCCUUCAGGCUCACUUUUGACCCUCGGUCGUUGCACGAUCAUAGUCUUUUUGAUGAUCUCUUCACCUGGGACAGCUAGCUCAAACUCGAAUUCUCUGAUGAGAACGAAGAGCAGAGCUUUCAUUCUACAAAAGUGGCAUUAGUUCGAAGUGGAAGUAGUGAAGCACAGGUA